UAUUAUACAAUAUUUUUAUUUAACUAGGUACAAAAACCAUUUCCAAAAUUAAAAAAAUUUUUGAAAAUUGGUGGCCAUCCGAAGCAGUUUAAAGGUAACAAAUCAUUAACAUGUACAUGUAUUGGAUUUGGUAUGACAACAGAGGAUCCAUUUACAAUGGGAGUUGAGGGAUAUUUGAUGGACACUACAGUGACAUAUGGUCGAAGAGCUUGUCGAGACUAUGACACUGAAAUGAUAAAUAAUACUUGGAGAGAAUAUCUGUGUUCAAGACCUGGCCGGAUUACAAUGGUGUGUCAGGGAGACAGCGGUGGUCCAAUGAUUUGCAAAAACAAGCUUUAUGGAGUAUGCAGUUUUUUCUUUAAUUACAGCAACAAUAGUACCGAUAGGAAGAAUACUUGUGGUGGACCUAACAUGCAGCCGGUGCAUACAUUCUUACACUAUCAUUUAAAAUGGAUAAAUAAUAUAAUAGAUCCGGGUGCGAAUUCCGGGCUUUUGCUUAAACAGCACCAAUUGCAUACAAUUGUAGCAAUAUCACUGUGUAUUUUACUAAUAUUUUAAAAUAACUAAAUUUAUAAAACAUAUUUUUAUCAAACAAAAUGAUGUUGGAUUAAUUAUUUGUAUUUUUACGAUCCAGUAGUAAUAUUGCUAUGCCGUAAUUAUAAAUUAAAAACAAAUUAGGUACUUAAA